CAGCAAGUGGACAGCUUUGCGACUUACAUUUGGAAGUCCUUCCCUCAUCCUGUGUAUACUCCUCGAGCUUGACACUGGCGGUUUUUGUGUGUGCUUUGUCCCCUCGUUCCAAGCUUCCGCUGCCGCAGCCCCCUUGCUCAGAGUCGCUUCGCCAUGAUCGCCUCGCCCCUUCGAUCCACUCUGCAGGCCACCGGGCGCCGGGCGCUUCUCGCCCAGCCCGCUGUGCCUGCUACAAAGCGCGGGCUUGCCAUGCCCGUCUCGAGCGCGCCGACUUCGGCGUUCGCAAAGGAGAAGGGCUCGGACGGCAAGUACACCGUCACCCUGAUCCCCGGUGACGGCAUCGGUCCAGAAGUCUCGGAGGCCGUCAAGGAGAUCUACCGCAAGGCAGAUGUACCUAUCAAGUGGGAGGAGGUCUCGGUGACGCCGUUCAUCAACGCUCAAGGGAAAUCCACCAUCCCCGAGGACGCAGUCGCCAGCAUCAAAAAGAACACUGUCGCGCUCAAGGGACCGCUCGCGACGCCCAUCGGCAAGGGCCACGUCUCGCUCAACCUGACGCUUCGCCGCACGUUCAGCCUCUUUGCCAACGUCAGGCCGUGCCGGUCCAUCGAAGGCUUCAAGACGGCGUACGACAACGUGGACACUGUCUUGAUCCGCGAGAACACCGAGGGAGAGUACUCGGGCAUUGAGCACGAGGUCGUCGACGGCGUUGUCCAGUCCAUCAAGCUGAUCACUCUGGAGGCUUCGGAGCGCGUCGCUCGCUACGCUUUCCACCACGCCCAGCAGAACGGCCGCAACAAGGUCACUGCCGUGCACAAGGCCAACAUCAUGAAAAUGUCGGAUGGCAUGUUCCUGCACGCCUGCCGACAAGUCGCCAAGGAGUUCCCGGACAUCCAGUACGACGAGGACCUGCUAGACCGCGCAUGCCUUCGCAUCGUCCAGGACCCGGCGCCGUACGCGGACAGGGUGAUGGUUAUGCCGAACCUGUACGGAGACAUCUUGUCCGACAUGUGCGCCGGCCUCAUCGGCGGUCUUGGCCUGACGCCUUCAGGCAACAUCGGAAAGGACGCGAGCAUCUUCGAGGCUGUACACGGCUCGGCUCCGGACAUCGCUGGUCAGGACAAGGCGAACCCUACUGCGCUCCUCCUCUCUUCCAUCAUGAUGCUCCGACACAUGUCUCUCUUCGACAAGGCAGACAAGAUCGAAUCGGCCGUCUUCAAGGCGAUUGCACAAGGCCAGCGAACAGGCGACCUCGGCGGCAAGCUUGGCACGCGCGCAUUCACAGAGGAGAUCUGCAAGCGUCUCUGAUCGCUCCCUGUGACGUCUGAGGCACUACCAUUUUUUCUUCUCCUUCAAAACACCGCGCAGAUGUAUGCGCGUUAGCAUUGAUGGUGUAGAUUGAACACAUCCAAUUCCCUCAAGGCAAGCCGUGUGCAUAGACCGACUCUUCACGGGAAC